UAUCUCGAUGUCAUCCUCAUGCGUUUCAGAGAUAUCCAGGCCUUUAUAAACAGCAAGAAGUCGGCUAUUGGUCAGUAAGACCAUGAUGUAGUUGGUCGCCACGCUUGGACAGACCCCCUCCUGUUUCCAUCCCUCAAAUACCACCCGCCACCGAUUCACACGCAAUGAGUGGAGAAAAGGCUGACCCCGAAGACAAAGACUCGCUUCUUCCGCUCCACCGUCCCGCCGGGUAUCGAAGGGUACUUUCCCUGCACCGUGCUUGGCUAUGCGAAUGUUGGAACUCCGGUCAAUGGGAUGAUACAUAUCGACAGAUCUACGCCCGGGGUAUUGCAUGGAAGUUGUCCGGCCCAAAAAAGGCGGUUGCAUUUUCUUCUUGGAUGGUCUUGUCGAUAUUCGUGGGUUCUCUUAUAUCGGACAACCUCCCGUUCGUCACCAUCACAACCUCGGAUGGAACGAUUAUCACUGUAAGCGCUGGAAAUACCUGUUUUGACGGCAAACAGGCGUCUGCGCAUUGCACCAUCACACCACCGUGGCAAGAGAUGUCGUCCGCAACAAUGCAAGGACAAGACUUCCCGACGUCCGGAAAGUAUCUUGGCAUCGUCAUAUCUGCGCAUCUGGCAGUAUGGGCCAUCAUCGGAGUUCUGGUCUUCAUCCGAGUACUCUUCCGUAGCCCCUACUGGACAAUGAAUAACGAACAGAGAGUGGCAAAGAAACUCAAAUACAUCCGGGAUCCCGUCGUCCCGUCCUUGGUUGCGAUGUUGAUCACGGGCGCUUUGGCGGUAAUCGAUAUCACUUACGUCAAAAUCAUUGAUGGCGUAACACUGAAAUACGCACAAGCGGUUCCUUAUGCGGCGAUAGGAAUGGCCAUCUGGUUUGCGAUGCAGUGGUAUAUCGUAAGAACGCAAGACAAACUGUGGCAGGCUCAUGGGGGAGAAUUCCACGAGAAGGCCAUCGACCUAGAGGACGCAUGAUGAUAAUUGCAUUUCAGCGUUGUGAAAGGAUGUCGGAAUUCGGAGAUGCACGUGAGGGAUCUCAAUGCCAUGAUAUACACCACGGUUGAUAGGCAGAAGGCUUGAGAUUGUCCAGCUUCAUGAUUCUACUGCAUCGACAAAGUAAAUUUGCGCUCCGCACUCCA